CAGCGCUGGAGGAUCUGCUGGCUGAGACAGAGUGAAGGGGGAUGCUGACAGCCCCACAGCCUCUGGUCAGAGCAGGACAGAGCUUUGUUUUGUGGCUCCAUUCAGUGAGGCAGCAUUUGGGAAACACUUUUUUGGGGUGGUGGGUGGAAAGGAGGAUCUUCUUGCUGAACUGAGGAGCAGGACUUCUCCCUCCCCUUGGGGACAGAGAGGGGGAACCCAGAGCAGCUGGACCGAGACUGCAGGAUGGCCUUCAGUUCCCACACAGCCAAGACACCCCUUUUCACCUCUGCCUCCAUCUAACAGCACUUUCUCAUUUUCAAAAGAGUUGAGAGAAGCACUGAAACACAGAUAUGUGUUGGGGUUCCAUUUCUUGCCUCACUUCUCUCUGCUACCCUGCCUGUCCAGCGUGUAAUGGAAAUUUUACCGCAGCCGCUCGAUGAGCAAACAGGAAGCCAGCAGAGAGCGUGGCAGCUCGCUGUGGCCCAGCUCAGCUCAGCCGGGGGACAAGAAAGGCUAUAAAAGACAGCAUGGGGGUGGCAGGGGGAGGAGAGCAGGCCAGAGGGGCCACGGCUGGCAGCGGUGCAGGGGACCUGGUCCUGGGUUCACAGAGCAGGACGGGCAGCACCAACCCCCAGCAGCCCCACGGCCGCCACCUCCACCCAGCACAUGGAGAAGCACAGCAGGGAGCGGGGGGACACCAGAGCUUCGUCUGCGCCCUGGCAUGGCUGUUUGUGAGGCUGGGCAAGGACCAAAGUGGGUGUGAGCCCCCAAGGAGCAAAGGGAGGAAAGUGGCCGGCAAAUCCCGCCUGCUCCUCAGGGGAAGCUGCUGGAAGCUCGGCCACACCUUAGUGCUGAAGGUGCCACGGCCGGGGAGCGGCAGCUGCCGCGUGUGAGCUGCUGCUCAUGUGACAGGAGGCUCCGAGUGCCAAAAGCACCUAAUUAGGAACCUCUCCGACUCCCCCCCGGAUCUGUGCCGCUGUGUGCAGCGAGCGCAGCCCAGGGGUGAGUUCGGCAUCCUUGAAAACAUCAUUAACACUUCGCUCCUCACAUUCCUGACUAGAGGAGGAGAGAGUGACAGCCCUAAAAGUGAUGAUAAUGAAUCCCCAGGCAGUGCACAGGGCCCAUCAGCGCUGGAUUUGUCAGUAAUUUAUGAAGGCAGCAGGGAAAAAAAAGGGUAUUUUUAAUUUUUCAAGUUGAGCUUCCUAAAUAAAACACAAGUCCAAGAUACACUUGUCAGAAUCACUGUCUUUCCUACAAUUAAAUAACUAAUCCUAAAGGUAAAUGGUCUAAAACAUUACCAGCCACAGAGCAGGCCACGGGGGCAAGGGGUGAGCUGAGCUGCCUCUCCCUGCGCCUGCUCCUGGCCCUGCCGUGGCGGUGCAGGAGCGGAAAUCUCUGCCCAGAGCCACGGGCUCACUCUUCUGAGACAAGGUGGCCCCCAAAUCCCCCUGAGUGAUGCUCUGGGCACCAGCCCCUCCUGCUGCAUCUCUCCCUGGCCCCUCCAAGUGCUGCUUCUGCAGAGCAGCCCCAGGAGAUGGGCUAGAAAGAGUUUUUCAGAGCCGGCGCAGCCCCACGUGCAGAGGAGGAGACAAAAUUGCUGAGCUGGACCCCCUGGACCCACUGAGUCCUAGCACGACUUCAAGAAGAUUUAAAACCAUGCUAGGAGCCCCCAUGAGCAGCCAGGCAGCACAGCUCCAUUCCCCAUGCUGGGAUCCAGUCUCUGCUUUCAUCUCCUCAUGGGAUUUUGGGGUCACACUUGCCCUGAGCCCCCAGCAGGUGUGGGGAUGCCCUGGGAGCUGCAGGCAGCGCUCCUGGCAGUGCAGCAGGGCCAGGCUCAGCACUGGUAUUAGGGUAGGGGAAAGCACAGGAUCAGGCAUGGGGGACGGGGAGAAAAGCAGCCUCAGGUGGAGCACUGGAAAUGAGAGAGGAUCUCGAUGAUUCAACGAAGAAAAGGACUUUAAAAGCUCACAAAGCCAGCAGGAGGCAGCUGCUCCCCCUUCCUGCCCACCAAGCGCUUGCUCUGCUGCUGCUGGGAGUCAUUCUGCAGUUGUGGGGGGGUUAGGGGACCCCCAGAUUGCCACCCCCACAAACCUCUUCAGCCGUUCUUGUGACCCUCAGAACUCUACAGAGCCCUUGUUUUCCACGUGGUUCUUGCCCUGGAGGAGGAUGGGAGGCGUUCUUGCCGUUCAUCCAAGUUCUGCCUAAUGUGGGCUGGUUUGCUUUUCCCCCUUCUCUUAAGUCUGUUCCUCAGGAGGGAAUUGUAAUUUUAGAGACAGCAGUGCUUCUGCAAGGUGAAGGAAGCAAUUGCUGAGCUCUGAGGGCCAGGCAAUGGAGGCUCCAGCAGAGCAGGGAAAGGCAAAUGAAUCCCUCGCCUGGCUCCCGUGGAUCCCGGGAUGCACCCCCAGGGGUGUGUCUGUGCUAGGAUAAGGCCGGGAGAAGAACACGCCUUUGUGCUAUGUCAAAGGAGGGGGAUUGUGCUCCAGAAGCGCAUUUUGCUUCUGCAGUGAAGUUUCCAUCGGUGCGAGAGCAGCAGAGGGAUCCCUGGGAGGAGCCGGGAGGCAGCCGGGGCUGCCUUCACCAAACAACUGCCGAAGGAGCCGUCGGGAAAACUUUCCCUGCCACGUGAACCGCUGCAGAGCUCAGGGCCGAGCCCGCACACAGGCGUGUGCCCGGUGUGCCCCUCUGCCAUGGGCAGCCUGGCCCCGAGAGAAUCGGGGGCUCCAUGGGGCUGCCCAGGGCCCAGGAGCAGCACCCGCAGCAACGGGAGAGUGGGGGGCUUGGCUGGCGGCUCCUGCCGCACCCCCGGGCACCCCGAUACACACAGAGGCUCUGUCGGGCACACUCAUGAACUCACACUCACCUCCCACCCCUCCAGCUCCCCCUCAGCUCUCCAACCCCCCAAACCCGCAACGCACCGAGAAACGCCCCUGAACACAUCGGUGCCCGCUUGCACACACACCCCUGCACGCCCCACGCCCCCCAAAACACUCCCCCUGCCUCACCCCACGUACCCCCCGGACUCCCAUACCCGUGAACCCCCCGCGGCCCCCUGCCAGACGCUCCCCCCUGCCAUGUUCCCCCAGACUGUCGCCCCCCAGCCUGUCCCCUCGCCGCCCGUGUCCCCCCGCUCUCCCCCCGUUCAGCACCGCGGACAGAUCCCGGCCCCGCUCCCAUCACGUGGCUCCCCCGCCCCUAUAAAGCGCGGGGCGCGGAGCGGCGCGUCCUGCGGGAGGCGCGGAGCCAGCGGAGCGCCCGAGAGCGGUGAGACCCGCACGGGGACCGGGACGGCCACCGCCACCCCCGGGAGCCCCGGCACGAGGAGGGGGAUCCCGAGCUCGGGGGCGCCCUGUCCCGGGGGGAGGAGGGUCCUGUCCCGGGGUAGGGGGGUGUCCCCUCGCGGGGGGUCCCAGGUCCUAGAGGGUCCCGUCCCGGCUGCCGAGGGUGUCUCCUGCCCGGGGGGAGUCCCAUCCCGGGAGAAGGGGUGUCGCGUCCCCGGGUGGGGGAUCCCAGCCCGGGGGGGUCCCAUCCCCAGAAGGGUCCUGUCCCAGGGACGGGGGGUAGGACUCCCAUCGGCGAGGGUGGGGACGCCGUCCCGGGGGGCUUCAUCCCCAGGGAAUUUCAUCCCUUGGGAGGGGGUCCCCAACGGGGUGAAGCCCCUCGAGUGACCCCUGACCGCAGCGGGGGGGAUGUGGGGGU